AUGGACGCGGCGCUCAAGUGGCCGGCCCGCGUGCUCGCCGCCGCCUGCCUGCGCAGCCUGGCGAAAGCGGAGUUGGACGCGCGCGAGUUGGCCCCCUCGCCGCGCAGCAGCAUCACGGCAGCCCCGGGGGCCGCGGCGGCGGUAGUCGAUGGCCUGAAGGACGCGCUCACCGCGGGGCACGGCGCCGAUGUCGCGGAGUUGGGAUCUGCUCUGUGCGCUGUGAUGACGUGCGUGGGCAUCAUGGCCGGCGGCAAAGGCGAGGAGGCUGGCAGCGGCGGCAGCGGCGGUGGCAGCUGCAGCGGAAGCGGCGGCAGCGGCGGCGGCGGCAGCGGCGGCGGCGGCGGCAGCGCCAGCGGCGGCAGCGGUGGCAGCGUCAGCGGCUCGGGGAGCUCUUUUGCAGACGCCUUGGUCUGCCUCGGUGCCCCCACGCUGCUGCGCAAACUGCUCGAAACGCAGGCGGCCAGGCCCGGGGGCUGUGCACGUGUCCCCGUAGCGGCCACGCUGGGCGUGCUGCUGUACCACUAG